CGUACCGUCAGAGGCACCAUUACUAAUUACUCUUUACUUGUUUGUAAUUACUUAAUAAGGACACAAUUAGGAAUAAACAACCAACGCGCACGUGUAAAUAUUAUCAAAUAGACAUCACAUGGGAAGUGUCAGUUAGCGAUCAAGUGCUUGUGAGUUAUAGUGGUUCGAUAGGGACACCCACUCUAACGAACCAUCGCAACCGGGGCGACGAUUCCGGACAAUGAAAUCAUAAAUCGAAAAGUUUUUGACUGCUUGCUGAUGAAUCACACGGUGAACUUGUAUUGAUUUGGUGAUAUAUUGUGAAAUAGUAUAUCUGAGAAUUAACUCGGGUGAGCAGUACAAUGGAAGAGUAACGAAUUAGAAGUUGGGCGAUGUUUUUGGCUGCAAUGAAUAGACAUUGACGCAUGGCGCUUCGUAGCGAUAGUUUUGAACAGAGAAAACAACUGUUGCUUGAUGAAAUAUUAUGUUUAAAACCUUGUGUUCUUUAUUAAAGAGUGAUGGAUGUGAAUAGCCAAAACCUCACGUGUCAUACGUGGAUCAAGGAAUAUCUCCCCAGUGACAGGAAUAUCACUCUGGAGUUUGCCAAUCAAAUUCUGGUGACGCGUCUCAUUGGUGGAAUCAUCUUCGUGGGAAUUCUUAUUGUAAUUGGAUUGGUCGGAAAUGCUCACGUGAUCUAUGUGUAUAGCCGAAAGUUCAAAAAUUCAAAUUACCGGAUAUACGUGUUGUGGCUGGCCAUUUUGGACAUAUUUAACUGUUCUGUUAGUGCUCCAAUGGUGGUCAUAUACCUGUGUUACCCUGUGACUUUUCAAACAGAAGCUUUCUGUAAAAUAUACCGGUUCAUACUUUACUUUGCUUCCAUUUGUUCGACAUGUGCACUUGUUGUGAUUGCUAUAGACAGAUGCCGGAAAGUGACGGCGCCAUUAGGAAUUCAAAUUACCUCAGUUCAAGCGAGGCUGCUGUGUUCUAGUUGUUUCGUGGUCAGUGCAGUUCUGUCGUGGCCAGCUCUUGUUUUAUAUAGAAUCACUGAAGAACCAACGGGCAUUCCAGGGUUAACGGGUUACAGAUGCCUAGCAAGUGGUGAAAUUCUGAAAUACCUAGCCAUUUUCCAUAUCUGCCAUAUCAUAUUCUUUCUGGCUGUGUCGUCUGCUCUGAUCACUAUCUAUGUCGUCAUAGGGCGGAAGAUCUACAAGCACACUUACUUCCGGGAGAGUGUGCAAAGGGGGGCAGACAGAUUCGCCGAGGAAUCUCCCCAGCUAAAGCCAAAGAACGACAACCGACCGUCCCACAUCUCCCAGGCUACCCUUGUACGAACCACGGGGACGCUGUUUAUGGUGACCUUGGCCUACAUCGUCAGCGCCAUUCCUCAUCAUGUGUUGUCCGUCAUGUUCUUUGUGAAGCCUUCGUUUGACUGCUCUUUAUCGCUUCUGGAAGGCCAGUUCUACUACACAUUUAUCUGGUCUUACUUUAUAAACAGUGCCAUUAACCCAUUCAUCUACAGUUUUCGGGACUCCAAGUUCAGACAUGAAGUUAAAACUAUCUACGGCCAAUAGUGAACCAAGGUAUGGCUGUGAAUCGUGCUGUGAAAAUUGACUUGGAAGAGCCAAAAGAUGAGAAAAAUCUCAGUCUGAUGGAGAAAUGGAGAAGACAUGUUGAGAAAAAGAAAAAGACUGGCCAUGACAUCAGAAUAGCAAAAAUCAUAAUCACAUGUUUACUGACAUUUCAAAUCCCCUCCCAAUUGUUCAUUUUCAUGUGCUAUAUAAUUCCUAAUUUGUUUGCUGAUUAUGACCCCUGGGUCCAGUAUUACCUGAAAGUCUUAGUUGUCAUGUUCUGUUUGGAAUUUUGUGCUAACUAUCUCUGUGUCAAGUUGUAUGAUACCAAGUACAGGAAAUCAAGGGACAACCCCCAACCUCAGGGAAUUUACGAAAGAUGGAACAACCCUCCAGACAAAUUUGUGCCACUUCUUAUACACACCAAUGGUGUUACUAAUGGCCAUCUAGGGGACAACCACGGAGCCAUACCGUGGACGUACUGUGACAUUUGUAAGUUGGAUAUUCCACCCAGAGCUCACCAUUGUGACUUCUGCAAGGCAUGCGUUUUGAAACGUGAUCACCACUGCUUCAUGGUUGGAACUUGUAUUGGCUACAAAAAUCAGCGAUAUUUUGUGGUGAUGGCAUUUUAUACUAUCAUUUGUGGACUUAUUGCUGCAGUUUUCACCUUCAAUUAUCUUGAUCAUAUUGACUGGCACGGUACUCCGUGGACCGAUUUCUUUCUACCAAUCACAAUGUAUAGAACUGUGUUUGGUGACAUCCCAUUACACAUCGGACUCAUGAUUUACCAUCUUCAUGUAGAGCUCUUGUUUGGAGCUUUGGGUUUUUUUUAUUUUACAUCUCAGAUGUUAAUCAUUGCUCAAGGGAAAACAUUGUAUGAACUGGCUAAAGAUGUCCCCAUCAGGAACUCCAACACUGUCAACUCGAACUUUGUCUCAGUGUUUGGAAACUUUUGGGGAUUUAAUUUUAUUUUCCCCAUGCAAAUUCUUUUCAGACAGAAAGAUAAUGGAACAAAAUGGGAUGGAGUAAAGCUUGAUCAUAAUGCAAAUUAUGAGAAAAAUGUUGACAUUUUAUGAAUAAAUACGGUUAUCUAAAAGGAGGAUUUUUUCAAAUUUGUUUACAAUGUGUAUAUUAUUAAAACUAUAUAAGAAUAAUCUACUAAUUUUAAAAAUAGAGCCUAAAAUUUAAAAAUGAUUUUCAUUAAUCAGUGUUUUGCCUUUGUGGUAUUACAUGUAUCUGAGGUACAAUUUCCUGCCAAUGAUAAUGAAAAUAAAUUUCUAUUUACCAUAUUUCUGAACAAUUCUCAGAUUUUGACUUGUAAGGUAUAUGAAUGUACUAAAACUUCUUGGACUCUAAUACUAAUUUUUUGUAUGGACAAUUAUCAGCAAUAGGGAUAUGGUAAAAGUAUUUUAAGAAAGGGAAAAGUAGAUAGUUUAAUUUAUAAUGAUUCAAUGUUUUGGAUUAAUUAAUUUUUGCAAUUUGACCUUUAACAUGUUCUGUGAUAAUACUAACUUUUCUUUGACCUAUGAGUUUUUUUUUCAACUUUUUAUUUUUAAAAAAGUUUUGCUCAUUGUAUAUAUUUUUUUGUUUUUAUCAUAUCAUUGUUUAUAGUUCAUAUAUUUAAUAAACAGUUUUUAACAAUGCA